UCUCUGUAUACAUAUUUAUUCCUCUUCUCUGUUUCUCAAUCUCUCUCAAAUUUUUCAAAUCUUUUUUUUUUUUCUCAGUCACUCUCUCAUCAAAUCAAAAUGGCUGAAAGAGUCUACCCCGCCGAUUCACCACCGGAAAGCGGACAAUUCUCCGGCAACUUCAGCUCCGGAGAGUUUCCAAGAAAACCAGCACCACCACCAUCAACAUACGUAAUCCAAGUCCCUAAAGAUCAAAUCUACCGUAUCCCACCACCGGAAAACGCACACCGCCUCCAAUACCUCUCCCGUAAAAAACCGAACCGCAGCAGAUGCAGAUGCUGCAUCUGCUCGUUCAUCGCCCUCGUCUUCGCCUUGAUUGUCCUCGCAGGACUCUCAUUAGCCGUACUUUACCUAAUCUACCGUCCCGAAGCACCUAAAUACUAUGUAGAAGGGUUUGCCGUCUCUGGGAUCAACUUAAACUCCACUUCCCCGAUUUCGCCCCGGUUUAACGUUACCGUUAGAUCGCGUAACGGUAACGGGAAAAUCGGGGUUUACUAUUACGGGAAAGGGAGUUCCGUCGACGUUUAUUACAAAGAUGUUGAUUUAUGUAACGGUGUUUUGCCGGAGUUUUAUCAGGCGGAGAAGAAUGUAACGGUGGUUAAGUUGGGGUUAAGUGGGAGUAAGAUACAGUUGACUAGUGGUAUGAGGAAAGAGAUGCGUAAAGAGGUGAGUAACAAAACGUUGCCGUUUAGGUUGAAGAUUAAAGCUCCUGUUAAGAUUAAGGUUGGUUCUGUUAAGACUUGGACUAUGAUCGUUAAAGUUAACUGUGAUUUAACGGUUGAUAAGUUAACGGCUCCGUCGAGGAUUGUGUCGAGAAAAUGCAGUCAUGACUUUGAUCUUUGGUGAUGGUGAUGAACUGAUGAUGAAGUUGUUCUUUGUUUUUUGUUUUUUUUUUGGAUUUUUAGGAUUUUUUUUUUUGGUUAUUUGACUUGUUAUUUUCUUUGUAUGUUUUAUAUUUUUGGAGAAAACAUAAUGAUGUGAAUUUGUGAAUGGACGGGAUAUAUAUUUUUUAAAAAUGAGGAAAAAUUCUAAA